CAAGUUCAACUUUUUGUGUCAUGAUAAAAGUUGGGCUUCUUAAAUGGCGCCACCGAAAACUAUGAGUUCACACGUGCAACUACAAAGCAACUGCCGUUCGCCAUUAGCAGUGGCGAUACUUUUGCUGCCUGUGUGAACCCGGCUUUUUAGCUAUGAUGGGAGGGCCCCUAAAACAGUUCAAUUUCGUUUUGUGGAAUAUCUUUGGUGUAUUUGCUAUCGAAAUGCUAAAUCGCUGGACUAGCGUCAGUGCAGUAGGCAUCAGGGAUUGGUUGUUGUUUAUGUUUGGUUCGGGGCGGGAGAUCUUGUGAAGCCGGUAGUGUAACUGUGCAAGGAAAAACAGUACGCAGAUAGGUUAUGCAAAUGGGUGACUAUGAGGACGUGGGCUUGAGCCUUUUUAGAGGAAUGGACACGAUUCAAAUAGAUCAGGACAAUGAACAUCUGGAACAAGAGGCAGCGGAAGAGCAGCGUAGAAGAAAUGAAGAGCUUCGAAGUAUUUUGAAACAAACUUUUGCCGACCUGUCAUUCGAUGACGACGACGAAGAGGAUGAUGAUGACGAGGAUGACAGCGGUGCAGAUGAUGACAGCGAUGUUAACAGUAGUGACAGUGAUGAUAGUAGAUGUGGAAAUAAUGAGAGGCAACACCAAGCAUUAGCUCAGACGGUUCUGGAGGAAUCCCGGAUAUUGCCACCACGACCUGUGACCGAGGGCUCCGUGAUGUUUCCCGAAAACGGCCACCUGACGCCGCAGUGGGACACGUCUACUAACAGUGAGCUGCCACCAAAAAUUUGCAAGGAAUCUGGUGAGCCGCACAGGGGGAGCCCGGAGAGCUCGCCAGAGAGGCGGCGGAGGCUGGCGGCCCAGGCCGCCGCUGCUGCCGUCACCGUGCCACCCGCCCCCGCAGCCGCCGCCGCCGCCAUCUCCGACCCGAACGAAGUCUACCGGCAGGCAGGUUACGAAAGCGCGGAGCAGCUACGGGUGCUGUACGAAGUGCGGACGCGGGAGGUGCAGCGGCUGUCGCGAGAGGUGGAGGCGGCGAGGGCGGAGGCGGCUGCGGAGGUGGACGGUCUGCGCCGGAGGAUCGUCUCCUGCGAGGCCGACAAGAACGGCCUGCAGCUGCAGCUCGGCAACGCACGGAGCCUGCUCGCUGAACACAAAGGGAGGACAGAAGAAUUGGAGGAUGAGGUAGAAACGAUGAAGAGGAAUAUUUUUAACUUGGAAAACUCCAAGAAACAGCUGGAGACGCAGCUGGCGGCGGCACAGGCGUCGGUGGUGGAGCUGCAGCACAAGGUGCUGCUGCUGGAGCGCAGCCGCCUGGGCGACGGCCGCGAGGCGCUGCGCGAGCUGGAGGGACGGCACCGCGCCGACGUCGACGCCCUGCGGCGCCAGCUCCACGAGUGCGACGCGCGACUGCGGGAACAGGAGAAAGAGGCGGCGGAGCGCGAGGGCCGGUUGCGGGAGCAGAACCGCGAGCAGGAGCGCCUGCUGGUGGAGAAGGGCGAGGCGGUGGCGGCGCUGGCGCGGCAGCUGGAGGAGGCGCAGCGCGGGCUGGGGCGGGCCGGGGCGCUGCGCGCCGAGGCGGAGGAGGCGCGGCGCGACGCGCUGCGGGCCUCGCAGCAGCUGGCAGCCGCGCAGCUGCCGCGUGCCGACUCGUACAAUAUUGAGACGGUCGUGUGCCGGUUGCAGCGAGAGCUGGAGCAGCUGAAGUCGGAGUUGAAGCAGUACGAGGUGCUGGACUCUCUGGGCCUGCUGUCGGCCGGAGGCGACUCCACGGUCGACAGGGGGGUACGCGACAGCAGAGGCCAGAAGGUGAAGCGGGAGGAGAUCCGGCGGCUGCAGGAGCAGCUGAGGGAGCGCGACCGGCAGGUGGCGGCACUGCAGCGCCAGCAGGAGCUCUACCUGCAGGAGGCCGACAAGUUCAAGGACGAAGUCGACAAGCUGUACGCCCAGCUCGCCCGCCGCGACAGCGCCGACGGCUGCGCGGACCCGGACGCCGAGGCGGCUCGCCGGGUGGCGGAGACUCGGCGAAUGGAGCUGGAGGCGGCGAAGGCGGAGGCGGAGACUCGGCGAACGGAGCUGGAGGCGGCGAAAGCGGAGGCGCGCGACCUGGCCGGGCGGCUCGCGGCCGCCGAGGCGGAGCUCCGGGAGGCGCAGGGGCACACCGAGGCAAACGGCAGAGAGGAGUUCCUGAGGUUCCACGAGCAGGCUGUCGCGAAGGCGAAGCGGGAGCACGACGAGCGGGUCGCCGCGCUGCAGUGUCAGCUGGAGAAGGCCGCGGAGGAGUGCGACCGAGUGAAGCAGAUGUACGUGGAGGUGUGCGGCUCGAAGGAGCUGCUGCUGCAGGGGGUGGAGCAGGAGCGCGCCGGCUGGGAGGCGGAGAGGGCGGAGCUGCGGCGCGAGGCCGCCCGGCUGCGGGCGCGCCUCGACCUGUACGCUGGGAGGGUCUCCCAGGAGAUCGACAGGGCCAAGGAAGCUGCGAUAGCGGCGGUGGCGGCCGAGGACAGGAAGCGGCCGGAGACCUGCUCUGUGUCGGUGCAGGCCACGGCGAGCCCGUUGCCGUCUCCAGUUCCCGGGGGCGACGGCUGCGCCCGGUGCGAGGCCCUGCGGCAGCGGGCGUCGUUCCUGGAGGGCCGCACGGAGGGCCUGACGGAGGAGCUGUGCCGGCGGCAGGCGGAGCUGCGGGAGAGCCGCGGGCGCGCCGCCUCGCUGCAGGGGGAGCUCGCGCGGCUGGCAGAAAAGAGAGUGUCCCUGGAAGCGGAAAUAGUUCAGUACAAGCAGAGGCUGAAAGACGCGUCGCAGUCGCAGGAAGAAGCGAAGCGCGAGGAGGGGCGGCUGGCGUCCGAGGCGCGGCAGUCGGUGCGCUCGGAGGAGCGGUGGGAGGCGGGGAGGCGCGCGGCUGCUCUGGAGGCGGAGGUGGAGAGGCUGAGGGGAGAGUUGGCGCGAGCUGUAGCGGACUGCAGUGCCGCACGGCAGCGGGAGGAGUCCCUGCGACGGGAGCUGGCGGCGCGCCGGGCGGAGGCGGAGGCGGAGGCGGGGGCGGGGGCGGGGGCGAGCGGCCACGGUGCCGAGGAGGCGGCCCGGCUCAGGGAGAGGCUGGAGGAGACGGAGCGGCACGUGGCAGAGUCCGAGAGGCGCGCCGCAGAGGUCUCCGUCGAGCUGACGGCGGAGCUGACCGCCGCACGCGGCCUCUGCGAGCAGCUCGCCGACAGGCUGCAGGAAGGUAGAGUCGAUAAGAAAGACUCGGAGACUUGCACAGAGUGGGAAUAUCCUGACCUGGAACAGCUGGUGGCGAGGCACCGCGAGGAGAUCGAGAGGAUAAAGGACCAGACUGUCGACUACUUUGCCAACCAGGUGCUGCAGCUGCAGGAGCAGCACUGCGCGAGCCUGGCCAAGGCGGAGCAGCUGUACGCGGAGAGCCUGCAGGCGGCGCGCCUGGUGGCGGUGGAGGCGCGCGAGGAGGCCGCCGCGGCGCGCCUCGGCAAGGAGGAGACGGAGAAACACCUGGUGCACCUGCAGAAGACCCUGAGCGAGGUGAAGGCCGACCUCGCACACGUCAGGAACAAGUACCACACUGCCAAGAAGGUGGUGCACGACUACAAGGUGUGGGCGCAGAAGCGGGAGGAGCAGUGUCGGCAGGAGUGGCGCCGCCUCGAGGAGGGCUACCGCGCCUCCCUGCUGGAGCUGCAGCAGCGCAUGGACCGGGUGCUCGACCACCAGGGGAAGCAGCAGACACCUCGGGAUAACAGUUAAUGCCACAGAUGCUCUCUCCGUUUCAACUGGGAAGGAUGUUCCGCACACAGGGAAGUGCCUCCUCUGCUGUCGAUUGGAAAAUGUCCCACAUCGGAGAUGGACCACUGCAAAAAGUUGCAGAAGUCUGUCGCCUACUGUUAUUUGACCUCCACAAUUUAGAGUUCCUAGGAAUUCGACUACGUGUGCCUUACAUUCCUACUGACCGUCGACAUAUGUGCCUGACUGGUGUCUUAAUGACAUGUACACACACGAGAGUAUUGUAAAACAGAUAUUUGUAUAUAAGACGACGUUUUAUAAAUCACUCCGUACAGGAGCUGAUCUUCAGACUGUUGACAGUGAAUUUGAGCUGGUCUCGAUUUGAUACAUAUCUUUUAUAUACAAAUUUAUAUCGCUAUUUGAAGUAUAGUGCUGUUUUGAUCACAUGCAAAAUGUGAUCAAAAUAGCACCAUAAUUUAGCUACCACACUUUUUUGCAUUUUGUUACAAUACUGAAAUCAAA